AUGGUACAAAUAACAGAAGUAAAAGAAAAUCAAUCAUCUAGAGAAAGCAGAACUGCUGCUCAUACUCACAUUAAAGGGUUAGGUCUUAAUGAACAAGGUAUUGCAAAACCAAUAGAAGGAGGAUUUGUUGGACAAAAUGAAGCCCGUGAAGCCUGUGGAAUAAUUGUUGAUUUAAUCAAAUCGAAAAAAAUGUCUGGUAAAGCUGUUUUAAUAGCUGGUCCACCAGCAACUGGUAAAACCGCUUUAGCCUUAGCUAUAUCGCAAGAAUUGGGUCCUAAAGUUCCAUUUUGCCCCAUUGUUGGGUCGGAAUUAUAUUCUGCAGAAGUCAAGAAAACCCUGGCAUUAAUGGAGAAUUUCAGAAGAGCAAUAGGUUUGAGAAUCAAAGAAACCAAAGAAGUUUAUGAAGGAGAAGUUAUUGAAUUGACUCCUGAAGAAGCUGAAAACCCGUUAGGUGGAUAUGGCAAAACUAUUAGUCAUGUGAUUGUUGGGUUAAAAUCAGCCAAGGGGACCAAGACUCUUAGAUUGGAUCCUGUUAUUUAUGAAAGCAUUCAGAAAGAAAGAGUAACUAUUGGGGAUGUGAUUUAUAUUGAAGCAAACACUGGUGCUGUCAAGCGUGUUGGUAGAUCAGAUGCCUAUGCCACAGAAUUUGAUUUAGAAGCAGAGGAAUACGUUCCGUUGCCAAAGGGGGAAGUUCAUAAGAAAAAAGAAAUUGUUCAAGAUGUUACAUUACAUGAUUUGGAUGUAGCCAAUGCCAGACCUCAAGGAGGACAAGAUGUUUUGUCAAUGAUGGGACAAUUAUUGAAACCUAAGAAAACCGAAAUCACUGACAAAUUAAGAACUGAAGUCAACAAAGUUGUAUCCAAAUACAUUGAGCAAGGUGUUGCAGAAUUAGUGCCUGGCGUUUUGUUUAUCGAUGAAGUUAAUAUGUUGGAUGUGGAAAUUUUCACCUACUUGAAUCGUGCAUUGGAAAGCUCAAUAGCCCCAAUUGUUGUUUUGGCAUCCAAUAGAGGGUUAACUACAGUAAGAGGAUCUGAUGAUGGAGUCAAAGCUCCUCAUGGAUGUCCACCUGAUCUAAUCGAUAGAUUGUUAAUCGUUAGAACAUUGCCUUACAAUCAAGAAGAAAUCAAAACUAUUAUUGGUAAAAGAGCAAGUUUGGAAGGAUUGAUAUUGACUGAUGACGCUUUAGAAAAAUUGUCAAAACAAGGUUUGAGUACAUCGUUACGUUAUGCAGUACAAUUAUUAACCCCAGCAGGUGUUUUAAGUACAACUGCAGGUCGUUCUGAGAUUACUGUUCAAGAUAUUGAAGAAUGUGAGUUCUUAUUCUUGGAUUCCCGUCGUUCAACAAAAGUUUUGCAAGAGACCAAGACUUUCCUUUAA